UUUAAAUCUCGAACCGUUGCUGCCAACUUUCAUUAACGCGUCACGUGACCAGGAAGCGCUGAUUUUCCAGCGAACUGUCAGAUGCUGCUUUAUUUUCAGACGCCUCAGUCUGAGCUGUCACUUAUAAAAAGCUGCAGAGACGCAGUGACUCACAAACUGGUGCGAACGCACAACUGGUCCCAUUCGCUGAGCUUCACUGGAGCAGAGAAGAUGUUUGGACUGGAAGCCAAGGCCGUGAUGAGGAGCGUGGGCGCCCACAAAGACCUGAUCUCCAACGACAACCUGAACAACAAGGUGGAUUUACUGACUCUGGUCAAAGUCCGGGAGGGAAACAUCUGGAAGGUCCCGAAGUACACGAUGAUGACGAUGAGCCUCCCCGAGCUCAUGGAGGAGGAGAAGGAGGAGGAGGAGGAGACCUUCUCUCCAGAUGUUGAGGAGGAGGUGCUGGUGAAGGACUUCACUACGUCCAUGGAGACGAGUGGGAGCGGCAGCGCGGGUGGAGGAGACGCUGCUGUGGGUGAAGCUAAGGUCUCGGCUAACGUGGACACGGUGGACGGUCUGGUGAUGCCCGUCAGCAUGAUGAAGAAGAAAGCCGACAUCAAGAAAGUCCGCAGUAAAUUCAGCGGCAGGAAAAUCAAGAAGAACAACGUGGACAUGCUGGACCUGAAGCAGAGGGACAAGCUGACGUUUGUCCACCAGACGGUUUAUAACACGGGCCCCGUCAAACUCAUCAGGAAGUCCAAGAGUGACGGGUCCAUCUCAGCGUCCUGCCAGAAAAUGAUCAACCUGCUGGUGAAGGGAAGCAGGAAGGAGGAGACGUCCUUCACCGUCCCAGAACAGGCCACAUUCGCCUACGGCCUCACCGAGAUCAUGCUGGACGACAACGAGCUGAGUAAGAACGACGUCGGCGUUUUCAUGCGUUUCUGGGUAGAACUCGUUUUUAACUUCUCUUUUUCUUCCUCUCAUUCAGAAAUCAAAUGUGAACCCUGGACUCACAAAACUGGUCUCGAGACGAUCUUCUCCGACAGCUCGAACACGGCGACGCUGCGACAAGUGAAGGACGGCGUCGAGAUGAAGGAAGCUCUGCUGCAGCCGCUGGCAGAUCUUCCUGAGUCGACCCGUCGUGAGCUGCUGAAGAAACUCUGCGACGUCCUGAAGAACCAGGACGACCUCUCUGAGCUGGAGGAGACGCUGGAUCAGUCCAUUAAAGGGACAUACGAGCGUCCUCAGAAUGAGACCGUCUCCUCCUUCCUGGACGUCCUGGACGUCUCUAACGUCUCCUCAGACGUGAAGAACGCUGUUUACGUACUGGUCAGCGCCUUGGACGCUCUUCCAAACGAAGCUCCGCCCCUCCUGACCUCCUGCAGUGAAGAAACCCUGAGAGUCCUCCAACAAAUGGUGGACGCUCUGAAGGACGAGGACCAGGCUGAGCUCCCUGAGUCUCUGCCUCCGUCCCUGCAGGAGGACGGGGAUCUUCGCUGGGCGGCUGAACUCCUCUGCUCCACCGACCAGAACCUGGAAGAACUCAGCCAGAACUGGGAGCGUCCAGAGUUUCCUCCCCAGAUGCUGCUGGAGGUUUUAUGUCUCACGGUUCAGGGACUCGUGACUUUAACCAUGAAUCUCUAACACUAACGUUCAUUAACCUCCUGUUACCUUCAAAAUGCACUGUUUAUCCUUUUUACUGUUACAUGACUGUAGAGAAACAUGGAGAUCACCAUAAAAUCUGCCUUAAAUUAAAAAAAGAGAAGUGUCUUUAUAUCAUUUAAGUUCAUAUUAUUGUUCUCUAUAACAUUUAGUAUGAAAAACUAUUAUCAAGAAUAACAACACAUGGGGUCAGUGUCUCCAGUAAAUGAUUAAAAGUCUUUAAAUAUGAAGCAGAAACAAUGACAUUAAUCUUAUAUUCAUAGAUGUUAAACAUUGGUCAGAAGAUUAAAGUCACGUAACAUUAAAGCUUUUUUUUCACCUCCCGUCGUAAAAUGACUAAAACUAAACUUUAUUCUUGUGAGAAGUGUUUAUUCAUGAAGGGAUUUUAUUGUAGACAAAUCAACACAUUAUGAACCUGAUUUAAGACCUAAGACGUGUUUCUGUCUGUUAAACUGUGGGAUUGUUUCUAACUAAAAAAUAAAAACAAAAGACUUGA